AUGCUGAUACUUGAAGUAAGGAGCAGUUUCGACGAUUCAUGCUUUGUUUGCGGUUGUCUUGUCUUCUAUGUCUGUUCAAGACUGGAGAUGCCCAGUUUGUCCCUUGGCCUCAAACUCAUCCCCUGUUCAGAUGAGAGCUCUAUCAUUAGCAUUGUUGGAGUUGUAGCAGGCCUUGCUUAUGAGAAGUGUGGUUCAGAAAUGAUGGUUACAAUGUGGAUCACUGAAAUCUCGAGUCCAUUUCUCCAUUUAAGAGAGAUUCUCAAAGAGCUUGGUUAUAAGGAUACCGAUAUCAAUUUAGCAGCUGAUGUUUCAUUCGCAGUGAUUUUCUCAAUUGCAAGGAUGUGUGUUGGACCAUAUCUAUGCUAUGUUACACUAUCUGCCGAUAAUCCUAUUCUCAUCAAGGCAAUGGCCUUGGGACUUCAGUUAGUAAGUGCUUUCUGGUUCUUCAAGAUUGCAAGGAUGGUGAAAUAUAAAUUCAUCAAGAGAUCCGCAUCCAAAACCAAAAGCAGUUAGCUCUAUCCCCAUUUAUGUAUAACAAUUCAUUCAAGAUCUUUACUUUUCUUGAAUAUAUAUCAUAAAUAUCAAAUUUCAAAUAUAAUUAUUUAAUUUCCGCUGGAUACCCGUAAUUGACUUAGAUCAACGAGGUGGCAUGCCUAAAGGACUUUCAAUGAAUUAAACUUUACCAUUGUGGUAUCCAAUGUUGGCAUUCAAUAUAAUAGACAUAUAGUUCGAUAGCCA